AUGGCCGCCAUGGCCACAUGCCGAAGGCAGGGUUCAGAAAGUCCCUGGUUCCGUUGUUCGGUGGAAAGUGAAGCGCGGAUGGGUGAAACUCUCACGCGAGUCCGGCUCGCGCAGGCUAGGUGCAACAGCCAGACCGGCCUGAGCCACCUAGAGCCCAAAGAGCGGGUUUGGCAUCUGCCGGACUGGGCCAAACAGGAGACGAAGCCUCCCUUGCAGCUGCGGCUCUUGGGUUUCACCAUGCUGCUGCCCUUGGGUGCUGGAUCUUUGGCCGUGCACUUACUGGCGGAAGAGGAUCAGGAGACAGAGAAUGAGGACUAUUCGCGGAUGGCGCUCAACUGGUCCCUGCACUAUGCAGGAGCACUACUCUCCUGUGCCGGUGCUUUGCAUUGGGGGAUGCAACUGGCGGAGCUGGGCGUCCCGAAACGUAGUGACUACAUGGGUCGGGUCUUCGUCUUCUUCGGCUGGUUGGGCUCGGUGCUGACGACGGCCUUGCCAGUGGAGGCAUCGAUGUGGCUCUUCACCGGCUUCUUUGGCCUGUUGAGUCAUGAGCUCAGACAUCGCUUCAACGACAUCACGACUGCUGUCGCUGUCACCAUGGGCGCCCAAGGUACUGAUUUCCUGGCGGGGGCCUUUCGAGUGGUCCCGGCCUAUUGGUUCCGAUGGCGCGCGGCCUUCAACGUGAGCGCCAUGAGCUGCAUCUUGGUGUUGCUGCUGAGCGAGCGCAACCUCUACCUGGGGCAAAAGCCCAAGAUCCGCAUGUAG